AUGUCAUUUGACAAUCCUGGACUACGACGGAGAUCGCCCAAUCCUAACUCACCGCUUCCGCAAUUGGAGAUACCAUAUUCACCGGCAUUACUGUCGCCUUAUAUCCAUGUCAACGGGGACGGAAGAGGGUUGGGUUUAGGAUACAACGAUGUCUUUGACAGGUAUCACCGACCUUCGCCGCUUGUUCAAGCAGGACAUUAUCCAAGUCCCACUAUUCGACUGAUACCUUCAAGCUACAAUCAACCACACAGUCCUAUCCAGGCGACUCGGCACGCUCCACCUACGGCAAGAUCCAGGUCAAAUGAUGAAAUCCGGGCAAUCUCGGAUCAGACAGCUGCAUCCAUUGCCGCUCUGAGGAGACAUCGGACAGAUCCCAGAAACUACUCAAAUGGAGAAAGGGCAGCUCGAGGCGAAUCGUACGAAUCUACAUUGUUUCCUAGAGAUAGCCGAGACAGACCAGUACCACCACUGCCCCUGGAUAUCAAGCGAACGAAGCGUGGUCCCCCAAGUAUCAGCUCAUCGACCUCGACGGGGAAGGAGACGGGCGAGAGCACCUUGGGUCCUAUCAGCCCUGUGACACCGUACGAGAGCAGACCACAUAGUGUCAUGUCAAGUCUGAAGUCUUUGAGAAACCCAUUCGUCCGUCGCGCCGGAUCUGCAGCUUCUUCCUCCCCCACGAUGUCAACCAGAUCCAGUAGCUCAUUGUCGUCAAUAUCUACCCUUGCUGUGCCAUUUUACCCUUCGGCCUUUUGGAGAGGAGAAAGUGGACUCGACAAUGUAUCCAGCCGCGAUGUUUUCGGUUAUGGUGUCGCUGGUUUAACUUGGGCAUUGUUGAUUCUGGGCAGAGAUUCCGAUAUAGUAAUAUAUGACGCAACGUACUCCAAGAAAUGCUACCCACGAACGACUCUGCCAGGAUGCAAGUCUAAAUGGAUAAGGCAGGAGCGAAAAAUUCUGCAUGACUUCUCCACUGCCGCAUUCAGCGUGCUAGGCUUUCAUUUCGUCAAUAUCGUGAUUGCUCUCUUGUCUUCCAAUCAUGUCAAUUCGACUUUUGGCAAAGGCCUUACUCCACUAUCGUAUCGACUCGGUAUCGCGGAUGUUAGAGCCAACGCGGUGGCCGUGCUCUCCACGCUCCCACAAUCAAAAUCAGAUAAAUCUCCUCUUUUACGACACCCUGCGAUGAGUCAUAAAACUCGUCCGGAAUCACCUCAUCCUCGUCCAGUCUGCAGAGCCAGCGUAUCAAGCUGGGAUACAGUAUGGAAUGGGGUUCUGCACGAAGCGGGGCCUAGGGGGCGAGCAUUGAGAGAAGCUAGGGAGCGUGGCCUGUUGUAG